GCGUCGGGACUCCAGGAGGGCCGGGGGGGUCCAGCUGGAUCUCUGCCCCCCUGCCCACACCCCACACCUGCUGGCAGGAACCAGGUCAUUCAACAGCACAGUCCCUGCAGGUCAGGGGCAGCAUGGCCGGCCCAGGCGACCCCAGCUACGUGCGGGAAUUCACACGCCACUCCGGAGACGUCCUGCUGAACCUCAACGAGUUGCGGAAGCGCCACGUUCUCACCGACGUCACCUUGCGGGUGGGAGGGCGCCCCCUGCAGGCCCACAAAGCCGUCCUCACCGCCUGCAGCGGCUUCUUCUAUUCCAUCUUUCUGGGCCACGGAGGCCACGAGGUGAGCGUGCUGACCUUGCCCAGCUCCAUUGAGCCAGCUGGAUUCAGGGCGCUCCUGGACUUCAUGUACACCUCCCGCCUCCUGCUCACCCCGGGCACCGUGCCCGCCGUCCUGGCAGCCGCCUCCUACCUGCAGAUGGAGCACGUGGUGGAAAGUUGCCAUCGCUUCAUCCAAGCCAGCUACGACCGCCUCCCUUUCCUCUUGGCCCCCCCAGCCCCCAGUUUCUCAGAGGUGGUGGAGUUUCCGAGCCAGGCGCCGGAUCCGCGGGCUGGCCCCUGCUUCCCAGCCAAGGCCAAGGAGCCAGUCUCUGCCAUGUCCCCGGGCACUGCGGGUCAGUCGCCUCCCGGCCAGCCGGCUUCCCCUCGCGGGUCCAGCAGCUGCGUCCCGAGCCCGGCAACCAAAGCCUGUAACUGGAAGAAGCAGCGCUUCAUCGUGCUCAACCAGGCAGGCAGCCAGCGAGACUCCUCUGGGGCUCCCCUGACUCCACACAGGAUGCUUCCAUCACAGGCCCAUGGCUGCCCGGUCUGUCUCCAGCCGCCCCCCUGGAUCUGUUCACAUUCUGGAGGGGAUGUUUCUGGGGGGCAGGGAAGCCCCUCCUCCGGCACAGGGUACCAGGAGGAAGAGGAGGGAGGAGGGAGUGCUCCCCCUCAACCCCACUCUGAGGAAAAGCCUUACAAAUGUCAUUUCUGCAACUCUGCUUUCCGCUACAAGGGGAACCUCGCAAGCCACAGGUCCCUGCAUACAGGAGAGAAACCGUACCGCUGCAGGAUUUGCGGGGCCCAGUUCAACCGGCCAGCCAACCUCAAGACGCACCUGCGCAUCCACUCAGGGGAGAAGCCAUUCAAGUGUGAGACCUGUGGCUCCCGGUUUGUGCAGGUAGCUCACCUGCGGGCCCACGUCUUGAUCCACACCGGGGAGAAGCCCUACCCAUGCGACACCUGUGGGACUCGCUUCAGGCACCUGCAGACACUGAAGAGCCAUGUCCGCAUUCACACAGGCGAGAAGCCUUAUCAGCAAAUCACAGCCCACGGAGGGUUUCAGAGACACGCGUCUAGCCAGAGGGUGUGUUGCUGUAUUUUUGGAGCCUGCCUGACCCCAGUCUGUUCUUGGCAGUGUGAGAAAUGCAACCUGCGAUUUCGCCACAAGAGCCAGCUGCGGCUUCACCUGCGACAGAAGCACGGAGCCGUCACCAACACCAAGAUCUGCUACAAAGUGCUCGACGGUCCCCACGCCACCCUCUGCUAAGCGCUUCUCCCCCCCUCACCGCCCCCGCAAAUCCAUCUCCAGGUUGAGGUGUCAGUGGGGCGGAAUUCCACCCAAAGCUUGCGACUCCACUGUUUAGCAAUUUGUAUCCCGCACCAUAGCCACAUUUUUAAAAAAUCUGUGCAGCCGACUGGAUCUCCGACAACCAGCCAGAUGCAAUUGGGGGGGGGGGGGCACGGGGCCCCACAGACUUCCUAAACAAAACUGGGAUAUGCUAGAUAAGAUGCCAGCAGGCCCCACAGAGCCCGUGGGCGACACAUUGAGGAUCCUUGAUGUAAUCAUUUCAACAGGUUUGGAAUGUUUAAAUUAUAACUUUAUUAUCACACUACUAUAAGCUUCCCCCCCAAAAUUGUGUGUUUGUGUGUGUGUGCGUGCAUGCCCAGAGAGCAUAAGAAAGUAAGAAGUAGCCUGCUGGAUCAGACCAGAGUCCAUCUAGUCCAGCACUCUGCUACUCGCAGUG